GGAUGUUUACACGGAGCAGGAGAGGCGAUGAAGUCAAUUAUUAGCAAAGUGAAGUCCCAUCUGCUUCUUAAACUGAAUAUCACUUUGCCGAUCAGGAGACUGCGGCACGUCACCACGGAAACGGGUGUCAUAGGUAUUAUUCGCACGGAAGCUUUCAAAAAGAGUCCGAGAGAAAGUGAGGUUUUUAGAGACCUCUCGUUUUGGAGCGCGGAGGUCCUUUCGGGUGACACCGAGAGAGCUCGUCAAGAAGCUUACGAGAAAGUGCGUCAUUUGGUGGCACCAGAGAUGGCCGCCGGUUUCCAAGAAGACAUCAAGGAACAGUUCGCCAACUCGCUGGCUUUUGAUAAUUCAUCUUCUCGUUAUGGAAACUUCGUCUUCUCCUUCCCGCUCUCUGACUUACCGGAUGCGUAUAAAGACCAGCACUGCCGGGGUGGCGAGCCACAGCUCAGGGUGUUGGGUACCGCAAUGUACAGGCGUGAAAUUGCUCACGCUGUCGUCAUCCAUAGUCCGGAAACCGACCGAUAUAACGACUUUCCGCUGGUGCCAGUGCUUUCCCGCCACUCUGAGCCUUUUCCUUUUGUUUAUCAGAGAGAUGGAGAUGUGGGAAUGUGGUGGACGCCAGAAUCUACGUCCACAACCAUAAAAGUGAGGAUUUUGGAAGAAGGUCGUAUGACGAGGACAUGUGCCCUGGACCAGCCCUGUUUGGGGUAUUCUAAGGAUGGAAAGUGCCCCCACGAGCAUCGGUGUGUGUGGAACCACCUCAUAAUAGCUUUCCAUCUGCCUGAAGGCCAACACUUUGCAUUUCCCAAAGAGAAGCUCCUGCAGAACCUGUCUACAUGUCACGGGGCCACAGAUAAAUACCUGAAAGACACUAUGGUGACAAAAGAAGAAGCAGAAGGAAUAAUACGGGAAUUCAUGAAAAUAUAAUAGAUUAUUAAAACACUCGGCUGGCUGAAGCAGUGAGAGAGCUGGUGGAGGAAAUCCAGGAGCACAGCCUGAGGAACGCGGUCUGGUGGCCCUGACAGAAUGUUAAUGGAGAUGUUAAGCCAAAACAUGGCGGAGCAUGUAUUUUUCUAUACAGAUUUUAACUCUCAGUAUGCCCAGCCAGCUACUCGGUUAGCUCAAUGAGACCCGAAGACCAUAUCGGCUGUGAUGGCCAGGGCCUGUCUGCCACUUCAGCUGCUGAGAACCAGUAAUCCCAUCACAGAUAGCCGAUAGACAGAUAGGCUUAAUGGAAGCUGCACUACGUUAUUAAACAGGAAAAUGUUUUAAGUGAGUAAAUAUUAUAUUUUGAAGUUUUUAUAUAAAUGACACGAUUUAACGUAUAUACGGUAUUUUAAAUCAAAACAAUAUAAUAAAAGCUGAUGUUUUAAUUAAAAACUUUAAUUGUUAAGCAGCGAUGCAUCUUUUUUUAUUUUUUAUCAUUUUGUAUCUAAAAUUGUAUUUUUUUAACAUUAAUAUAUUUGUCAAAUCACAGUAAUUUCCAUCAUCUGUGUUCUGUUCAAUAACCGUUAUAUAAUUACAGACCUGAACGCAGUUACUUUCCAAAUAUUGUCUGAUUUUGUGAUUUUAUCUUAAAAUUGAAUGCAUUGGAAAAAAAUAGUAAAUCC